GUGUACUUGAUGUAAUAUCAGCAGCACUACAGUAUUUAAAAUUACAAUUUUGAAAUGACCGUGUUUUUUUUUCUUUUUUGUAAAUUACAAAUAGCGUCUGGUAUGCUUUUAGAAAAGCUUCCCAAUCAAAUAGGUUUUUUCCUCUUUAUUUACGCGACUAUCAAACAACGCAAACAAUACAAAGCAAGGGUCCCUCGCGGUGACAACUUGAUACAAUAAAAGCAAACAUGAAUAAUAAUUGAUUCACUUGUAAACCUUUAAAUUUAUGCAACAAAGACGACUGAGAUAGUUUACAUCUUUCAGAAAUGUCCAUUGUCGGGCUAACAAGUGUUUUAUUUUUCCGCUGUGAGAUAUGUUCAGAAUAAGACGUCCGGUAAAAUUCUGAUUUCAAGCCUCGCGCCGAUAACACAAGGCAACAUAAGCUCGUGUGAUUGACUGAGAAGCGAUACGAGAAGGAGAUUGAACGUUUUUAACCAACCCUUGAUUUAAAUUCCACCGGCGAGAAUUUUGAAUUCCCGACACCUAUUUGUGGCUUCACGCUGCUUUUGAACAACCUUCCGUGCAUACUGCUGGUUUUUUCCUGUAAAUAGAAGCAGGUUUUAUUUAUUCAUGACAAGCGUCUUGGAUGGGGAGCGACCGGAUCAACUCACUACUGUUUGGUUCUUCCCUACAACCGGUGAUUUGGCAGGUUUAAAAGACACGACGCGGAAUAAUUCAUUUGGAUUUUAAAAAUCGUGCCGGAUCAGCAGAUUGCGGAGAAAAAAUUAAGAAAUCGGCCUGCGGCAGAAAAGCAUUUCCUUUUAGCGGAAUCGUCAGGUUAUUCACGGAGGGCCACGAAUGAAUUAAUUUUUGCCUGACCGAGGGCACGUCAUCGGCAAACGGACCGUUGAAAACAAACAGCGAUUUUUAUUCCUUUCCUAGCCGGAAGUUAAGACGACCAGAAACAUCGACAAUGCAUUCAACAAUUCACAAAAGGCUUCAAAAUCCUUCUGGAACAAGUGAAAAAACGGCGGCUUUGUCCCAAGACUACAAACUCGAAAAGGAUUUUUACGGACGCGAGGUUGCUUCUCCAUCAAGCGAAAACAAAGAAGAAAUUAUCUGUUCAGAUGCUCAAGAUCAUUUCAAAAUGGCUGCCAAGGCGACGUAUGGAUUGAAACACUGCCAAGUUCCCGAAGUAUUUAGAGUGCCUUUCAUCGUUUCCGGGUAUCGAAGUCCUGGGUUUUCGUUCUGGGAAUGUAUUAGAAGUUUGCUUCGAUCUUCAAAUGAGACCAUAAAUGUUUGGAGCCACCUGCUUGCUUUGGUACUCUUUGUUUCAGUGAACAUGACGUCUUUACCUACUGAUGAUCCGUUCUUCCUGCCGCUGAUCUCCUUCGCCGUGGGUAUAUCCGUACUGUAUCUCACAAGUUCCUUCGCGCAUCUUUUCAACUGCAUGUCGGAGAAAUUCCACAGGAUAUGUUUUUUCUUUGAUUACGCGGCUAUAGGAUUUUACACAUUCACCGCUGGACAAGCUCUGUUUUUCUACUCCCGUGCCGCGGGCGCGUCAGUACGGGCGAUUUACGAUUCGCUGGCUGUUUUCCAGACCGUUUCCACGGUCUUCUCAUUCCUUGCAACUCUUUUGUGUUGCGUGUCGAGUCAUCUACGUUGGCGUAAUUGUAAAUCCGUGCUCAGGGUCGCUAUCCUUGCAGUAAACUGGCUUGUUAUCACGUCGCCGUAUACCGUUCGCCUUCUUCUGUGCAAAAACGCUGACCCGGCUUAUAACGGCGUGUCUAUGGUGUAUUUCAAGCGUCACGUGAUCUUCUGUAGUCUAGGCGCCGUGUUGUACGCGGCCAGAGUUCCGGAGCGAUUAAUGAGUGGAGUUUUCGAUAAUUUUGGUCAAAGCCACAACCUGGCUCAUAUUCUGAUCGCCAUGGGCAUUCAACAGGCCUUCAACACCGCACAGGUGGACCUUCAAGAAAGACGAACCGUUCUCCAGGAACGUUUUUCUUCACAGCCAACUAUAGUGAACACGGUCGGUAUGGCCGUGAUUGUGCUGUUUGGACAUGUUGCUAUCGUUUUGUGGUUUGCAAGUAAACUCUGGUUUGCAAACCUCAAACCGAAAGACUGAGAACUGACUGGUAGGCUCGAUUUCCGCCGCUUUCUCGAGUCCGGUCUACGUUCCUCCCCGAGAAGAGUUCGGGGAGGAGCGCGGGCUCCUUUCCCGAACAGUGGCUGGUAAUCGAGCCUAACUGACUGGUGGCUACGGAGUUAUUAAAAACACUCCAUGUAAGACUGUUAAAAGAAGUGUAAGGCAAUGUUUUCGGCUUGGCACUAAAACGUAUAAUUUGGGAACUUUUUUGGACUUCAGGAGCCUUUCCAAAUAAGGGAUAUGUCAAAGGUUUUUUCUCACGAAGUUUUUCAGUGUACGUUCAAUUUCAAUUUAAAGAGAGAGAAUGUGUGCACAAAGACCAAAGAAGCGUGCGGAUUUCAAAUUGAUUGCUGGUUCGUGUGGGAUAAUUGGUGUCUGCGUAUUCUACUUAAUUAUUUGACAAUUCUUUUACUUCUUUUCUUGACCACAUGAAGGAUUUUUGCGAGAGUAGAUACUGACGUGAAUAUUUUCCUGUUUUAGUAUGUAAUGGCUUUUAAUGGUCGUGACUCGCGACGGCGACAAUUUUUAUUCUUAUUGUUCUCUUGUCUUUUAUCUUCAAGAGUUUUACACCUUCCGUGGGGAAGUACGUUCUCUUUUUUUCCCUUCGAUUUUUUUCCCCUAUUCACAUUUGUCAGGGCAUGUUAGUGUAUCGCUUGGGUGGGUUUGUGGUCAUUUGUGAAGGUACAUGAUUUUGUUCCCGUUAAUACGUGCACGCCUAUCGCUGUGUCUUGUUGUGGAUGGAAACAGGCCGCUGAAAAAUUUCAAAAUCAAGCAUUUGUCAACUGAAAUCACAGAGACGUAAUUCUAAAGAAGCGUCUUGUAUUGCGUGGUUCCGGCAUGUCUAGCGUGCAUGGAUAACUCCAUAAAUGCACAGCUAAAACAUGACAGACAAAGGUUGUUUGUGGCGGAAGCAUGUUAAUUUUAUGAACUGUCUUUGGGCUCUUGAGAAUUAAGGUAAAAGAAAGCCCACUUGCUUCGUUUCAUGCAGCUGAAUAAAUGAAAGAUCUUUUAUUUCAA